AUUCAAAACAAUAAAUGAAGCGUCUUUUGAACUCGUGUGUGAGCUGUCCACACAGUAAUAACUCAUCUCCUUUAUGCUUUAAUGGCGAACAGCACAAGUUUGCGCGAGAGCUCAUAUGAUAUCGGCCCAUGUGACUCGACACAGUCAAGUUCAAUUGCUGAACAGCUAAAAGCGGUGAAGGACAAAGAAAUCUGCAUGGUAGACUUUAAGAAUAGCAUCGUUUUCCAAUGCACAACAUGCAACACUGUGCUUGGAGACUCUCUCGGCGUAUGCGGGGAAGUGGAAAGCAGCCAAAGUAUCAUUUGUUUGAAAGUUACUGAGGAUGUGAUGGUGAAUAAAAAGCCGGAGAUGUGUUCGAGCGGUCAGCUGGCUUCCUCCACCUACCAAACCCUUCUCUGCGCUGGCUGUCAUGAUGCUGUUGGCCUGGUUCUUCACUCCACCCCAAAGCACCUGUCCGCUUUACGAAAUCUCUUCCUUUUACGAAAAGAGCUGAUAAACUGCUACAUUCUAAGAAGUGGCACGUGUGUUAAAGCCUCCAAAAUCAACUUCAAACACAGACUCAUGGACAAAAAUAUCAAAAAGCUAAAGGAGUAUUUAGAAGCUAAACUGAAGCAGGUAGACAUUCUGGAGCAAAUGAUGGAAAAAAAAAUUGCACACAUGAUGUAAAGUAAAAUUGCAGACUUGUAAGAUGUAAAUAUUUUUAUUGGACAACUUUUUUUGUUGAAACUUAAAAUAAAGUAUUAAUAUUUUUGUAAUGUA